GGAUGUUCAGUGGAUCAGCUGCACGGAGGACAAACGGCUUUCCUCGCGGAUAUUAAUGCGCUCUGUCACUUUGCGUGAUGGAGAACUUUACCGUGUGGAGUAAUUUCACUCGAGUUCUGUCAGAGCUGGACGGGACGGAGGACGAGGACGGGGAAGAGGACGGCGGAGGGAUCGGCGGACUGCGCGUCCUCGUCGCCUGCGUGCUCUUCCUGCUCAUCGUGUCCACGUUGCUCGGGAACACGCUCGUGUGCGCAGCCGUGAUAAAGUUCCGCCACCUGCGCUCCAAAGUCACCAACUUCUUCGUCAUCUCUCUGGCCGUGUCCGACCUGUUCGUGGCCGUGCUCGUGAUGCCGUGGGAGGCCAUCACUGAGGUGACCAACACGUGGCUGUUCGGACGCUUUUGUGACGUCUGGAUCGCCUUUGACAUCAUGUGCUCCACAGCGUCCAUCCUCAACCUGUGCAUCAUCAGCGUGGACCGCUACUGGGCCAUCUCCAGCCCCUUCAAGUACGAGCGGAAAAUGACUCAUCGCGUGGCGUUUGUCAUGAUAGGGGUGGCGUGGACGCUGUCCAUUCUGAUCUCCUUCAUCCCCGUGCAGCUCAACUGGCACCGGGCCGGGGAGGAGGAGCGGGAGGUGGCGAUGGAGGAGAUGGCGGCGAUAAUGGCCGCCAGCGGAAAGAACUUCACAAACUUGAGCAGCUUCAACUCGAGCGACGUCGCCGCCCAGAGUUGUGUGGCCAACCUGAACAAGACCUACGCCAUCUCCUCCUCCUUUAUCAGCUUUUACAUCCCAGUGGUGAUCAUGAUCGCCACCUACACCCGGAUCUACCGAAUCGCUCAGACCCAGAUCCGUCGGAUCAUGUCUUUGGAGCGGGCGGCAGAGCAGGCGCAGCACCAAGGCCACGGCGUGAACAGGAACCAGCAGCAGGUGCAGCGGCCCGGCGACGAGGCCUCGCUGAAGUCCUCGUUCAAGAAGGAAACCAAAGUCCUGAAGACGCUUUCAAUCAUCAUGGGCGUGUUCGUGUUUUGUUGGCUGCCCUUCUUUGUCCUCAACUGCACCGUCCCCUUCUGCGACCCGCCGUGCGUCAGCGACACCACCUUCACCGUCUUCGUCUGGUUCGGCUGGGCCAACUCGUCCCUCAACCCGGUCAUCUACGCGUUCAACGCAGACUUCCGCCGAGCUUUCGCCAGCAUCCUGGGCUGCGGCCGAGUCUGCUCGAACAACGCGGUGGAGGCGGUGAACUUAAGCAACGAACUGGUUUCCUACCACCAUGACACCACCCUCCACAAGGAGGCGCUGGUCCCCGCUCAGCCGCAGCAGCAUCCCCGCAACAUUAACGUCAGCUCGGACCACCUGGAGGACAUGAGCGCACAUUUUGACGAGGAGUCGAUCAUCUCCAACGGUUCUCCGAGCCACAACAGACUGCUGCUGCUUCCCGCAACCAUCCAGUAUGAGGAAGACCCAGAGAUUUCCUUGGAAACAAUCACACCGUUCACCUCAGCUCCAGGGCUGGAGAGUGAUGCUCUGAUACCAGGACAAGUCCACCAGGACGGAUAGGACAGACACAAUGUUUGGACAUUCCUCCAUGAUGUGUGCUCUUGAUUCAUUUAAAGUUGUGGACUUUAGAACUUCAUAAUUUGGGUUAUUGAUCUGAAACUGGCUAAAAUCACCACUGAGCACAAAGAAUGUAUAAUCUCCACGUUCAUCCUAUUAUAGCCCGUCACGAAGGGACAGAUGGUGCUUGAAAAAACUUUGUCUUGACAAGUCUGAUGGCUGAUAUCUGGAGCUCUGAGGUCUCUCCAGACGAAUGUCCCAUUAACAACUCAAUAGUUGCGCCUGAACAAGUCAUUAAAAUUGCACUAAAACUUCCUUCUCAUUUAAACUCUUUAAAUGAGAGUCCAGUGACAUCACCUGCUGGUUUGUAAAGUCCAGUUCUGAAGCCUCAAACUGAGCGUUUCUGACAUGCUAACCAGGCGUGACGAUCUGCUUUCUCACUAUAACAUUUUCAGCGGGGAUCAACUGCUGAGACGAAAAUGCCCUGUUUCACGUAGAUAAAUAUAAAAAAAGAAAAACAGAGCUGUAAUGCACUUUUUCUUAGUGCGAGGAACUGAGCACUCUGUGAUUCCCAAAUCACAGCAGUGUACGCACUAAGUAGAUGCGCCCUAAAUCAUACCCCUGCUUUACUGUCCAUUUAACUUUUUAUGGGACCAUAAUUUAUAAAAAUAAACAUUUUAUGUCCAGUAAGAUGUAAAACUAGGAAUUGAGACCAUAAACUCAUCAGAUAAGUUUUCACUGAAGUCAUUUAUCAAGUGAGAAGGGGAGCCAUUUUCCCAUCGUGUUAAAUAUGACUCAAUUUCUUUUUCCCGCUGGCCUUUAGAAAGAACGCAGGUUCGAGGCCCUCCAGCGUUGGCUGGAUCUAUCGAGCCUGAUAUUAAAUAACAGGCGGGAA